UUUGCUCCUCCAUCUAUCUUCUAAACCUAAAAAACAAACAGCCGACUGACUGACAGAUCUUCUUUCUUUCUUUCUUUCUUUCUUUCAUUCUACGGUUGAUUCAGCAGGGAGGGAGGGAGGGAAGGUAAGGUUCAAUCAGCCAGCAAGCAGGUACUAGACGAAAGUUGUAAGCGGCUCAAGAUGGCAACAAAUUCUACAUCUAAGUUGUUUCAUGUGGGACGUUCACUUUUGCGAGGCCUCAACAGUUCCUCAUCAGGAAUGAUAAGAUCAUCACAGGAGACUACCUGUAACAAUUCCUUGGCUCAGCAAAUAAGGAGUUUCAUACAAAUGAGAACCAAUCUCAAAGUGGUGGAUAACUCUGGUGCGAAACGAGUAAUGUGUAUACAAGCUUUGAAGGGGAAGAAAGGGGCCCGAUUAGGGGACACAAUAGUCGCAUCAGUGAAGGAGGCCCAACCCGGAGGGAAAGUUAAAAAAGGACAGGUGGUAUACGGGGUAGUGGUUCGUGCCGCCAUGCAAAAGGGCCGUUCUGAUGGUAGCGAGGUCAAAUUCGAUGAUAAUGCUGUUGUACUGGUCAACAAGCAAGGUGAACCGAUUGGAACUCGAGUCUUUGGCCCGGUCCCACAUGAGUUAAGGAAGAAGAAGCAUGUCAAGAUACUCAGUCUUGCACAACACAUUGCAUGAGGUUUGAGAUAGUAAAACGUGGUUUAAAUUAUUCGUGGUUAUCAGUUGAUUCAUGUAUAAUUUAAGCUUUUAUAGUUUGUUAGGUGAGUUGUAAUUUGGGGCUGUCAAGUUAAGAUUUUGAUCUGACUGCAUGCACCCUAAGUUCAUAAUGCAUUGGACUUUUUUGUUGUUUGGUUCUAUAUAACAGUUAAGUGGGCUUAUAUGCUUAGUUGAUUCAUUUAUGUUUUAAUGUAA